AGGACAGCAGUACCAGUCACACUUCAUCCGUUUUCUCUGUCUCACUCACUCCUGCUUCCUCCUCUCUUUCACUCCCUUUCUCUCUCUCCCUUGACUGCUAUCCUGGCGCUUCUCUCCAAAAGGAGCAAGCAAGCUAGCUGUGCUCUUUAGUGUUGGCGUCCACACUGGCAUCCUUUGGCCCGCUCUGAGGUGAACAAGAAAUAAACCACAUCAAAGACGAGAUUUUCCACAGGUGAUCGGGUGGUGAUACCAGAGGCGGAAGCUCGUCAAAAUGCUUCAGGACAUUGGUGCUAGAGCCAUGGGGGUUUAUGAGUAUCUCUUGAAGGGAACAGACCCGCGACUAUGGAGUUACCCACUCAUGGGGAGUCCGGUGAACAUGUCGGCCAUCUUGCUGACCUACAUCUUCUUCGUGCUGGUUGCUGGGCCUCGCUUCAUGGCCAACCGCAAGCCCUUCCAACUCAAGGAGGCCAUGAUCACUUACAACUUCUCCAUGGUGGCAUUGAACGCCUUUAUUGUCUAUGAGUUCUUGAUGUCAGGCUGGGCCACGACAUACACAUGGAGAUGUGACGCCGUUGAUUACUCGGACAGCCCCCAAGGCCUUAGAAUGGUUCGAGUGGCCUGGUUAUUCUUGUUCUCCAAAUUCAUUGAGCUCUUGGACACGGUGUUUUUCGUUCUGAGGAAGAAACAUGGCCAGAUCACCUUCCUGCACGUCUUCCACCACUCUUUCAUGCCCUGGACCUGGUGGUGGGGUGUCAGUUUAGCUCCCGGGGGAAUAGGCUCUUUCCAUGCCAUGGUGAAUUGCAUCGUCCACGUCAUCAUGUACUCUUACUACGGCCUGUCUGCGGCUGGACCACGCUUCCAAAAGUUCCUCUGGUGGAAGAAGUACAUGACCGCCAUCCAACUGGUUCAGUUUGUGAUGGUGUCCCUCCACGUCACCCAGUAUUACUUCAUGGACAGCUGUGACUACCAGGUCCCCCUGUUCAUCCACCUCAUCUGGAUGUAUGGUACCUUCUUCUUCGUGCUCUUCUCCAACUUCUGGUACCAGGCAUAUGUGAAGGGAAAGCGGUUGCCCAAGCAGGACUCCAAGCCUGGCCUCAACGGCAAGGCCAACGGGACCACCAUGGUCGCCAAUGGCAAGCACCACAAGAAAGGUAACAGUAAUGGCACAAGCAACGGUUCCAGUCACCACGAAAAUGGCAGUGCCCAUGCGGGCAAGAUGAAGAAGUCCUAGGGUCUUCGGAAAAGAACAUCCGAGACGCGUGAAUACGAGAUCCCGCACAACCUACUGUGGAUUCCAAAGAAUGUUUUGGUUAUGUUUAUUUUCUGAUCGUUUUUAGUUUUAUUCAGCACAAAAAGCUGGGGAAAUGAUGAGGUCAAUGACUUCUGCGGUUGGGGUCCCACAUUUCGUUUAUUUUUUAUUUUUUUAAACUGAACUUACUAUGGAACACAAUUUAUGAAGAGACAUGCUAUGACCUGAUGUUAUCUCUUUACUGAUGUUGCCACCUAUGAUAAAGAUGAGCAAUAAUGACUAUAUAAAAUAAAUAAUAAAAAUACUGAGCUAUAUUGUAUACAAAAAAA